GGGGAGGGGGGGGGGCCAUGGCACCGCCAGAGUCGGCACUCAAGGCUGUAGGGCUGCAGCAGAAUGGGCUGUUCCUAGCGGUGAGUCUAGCAGCAGCCUUCGGCGUGUCCGGGACACCCACCAGGCCCUGCGGCCGCGGUUGGGUGGGUGCUGCUGUCGCGGCGUCGAGGGACUCCGGCACGCUGCAGUCUGUAUGGACGGCGGGCGGUAGGUGGUACAGGAGCUGGAAGGUCGUUGCAUGCAGCACGCAAGCCCAACCCCGGUCUGCAGGCGACAGGGCCAGGUCAUUCCCGAACGAGGCAGUUGGUGGAUGCCGCGUGUGGGCCAGUCGACUGCUCUGGCGAGCAAGAGCCGGCCGCCGCGGGUCGGGAGACAGGACAGGGUGGAGGAGAACAAGGCGUGAGGCGUGAGCGUGAACAUGAGCAUGAGGC